AUGUUUGUGUUUUAACUCCAUCAUUUAAAAAUACUUAUGAUUGCCAAAUUUAUCGUUCUAGUUGUAUUAUAAGUAAUACAGGUUUAGGAUGUGUUACUCUUCCAAUUAAAUGAGAAAUAUUUAGUAGAUAGAGCUUCUUAAAUUACUAUUGAAGGAUAAUUUGUGGUUGGAUGGAUCUUCUUGUAUUUCAAAUCUUAUUUAACUGCUUCAAAAUGCUUACAACUGCUUUAUGAUGCGAAGAAUACCUCUCAUUAUGUUUUGCUUAUAAUUCAGCUAUUGUAGAUGCAAAAUCAAUUAUAUAAGGAUGUCAAGAUUUACAUAUGUUUUGUGCAUCAAGAAAGCGUAAAAAAAUUGUGAAAUAACAAGUGCUGGAUAUCCAACUUGCACGUGAAUAUUCUUAGUCAACUAAUAUUGAAAAAUCUUUUGCAGCAGCUAAUAAUAAUUGAACAACUAAAUAAAAAAAAUAAUUUUAAUUUAUUAUUUGUUAAAACUAUUUAAGCAUUUGCACAAAAACUAAUACUUAGGGUAUUUGCAUUAGAACUUAAUAACCUUGCAUUUCAAAUAACUUUUAAGAUGGAUGCUUGA